AUGCCCGGCGAGAGCAAACCAGCAGCUCUCGCGAGCCUCGGUGGCCUUCCCGACGACGUACUGGCACACGUCUUCGAUCUCCUCGACGCCGAGAACCUCGUCCGCCUGCGAGGCGUCUCGCGCACGCUCGAUCAGAGAGUCCGCACCCUCGGCAUCCCGCUACACCUAACGCACCACCCGGUGGGCCACCGUACACUGCAUCCUCCGCCAUCGCGAUGGUUUCCCCCAGCCCUCCUAGCUCUCCACGGGCGUAUAGGACGUUCCCUAGCCACACACAAGUUGCACGCGCUCCAGAUCGGAUCGGAAUGGCGAGCGCCCGUCAUUCCUGCACUCUGCCUCCGGUCUGGUGACGAUCCAGCCCUUGUCCUCGGAGUGGGCACACAACUACUCGUCCACUCCCUCCCCGCACGGAGGAUGUAUGCACCCCGCUCAGCAACACCGGCGCGAACAUAUCCUCUCGGCUCAGACUCGGGAUGGUCCGGUUCCGCCGCAGACAUUGUCGGCAUCCAUGCCCUCCCGACUCCUAAUAGCUACAUCGUUGCUCACUUCGACGGCACGAUUCAGCGCGUAGAACUGGGCUAUGGGACACGGAGUACGGCACACUACAUGCACCCUAAAGGAGGUACCUCGUCGCCGGCCAAUAUCCGCGCUCUUGCUGGAUGCGGCGACUCGUUCCUGGCUGCAAGCGAGGGAUGUGCGCGUCUCUUCAAAGCGCGGGCGCCGUGGAUCUCCCCCUCGGAAAUCAAUCUCGGGACAGGCGUGCGCGCUUGGUCGGCAGCCCUGACCGAGUCCACCGCCUACCUCGGAGUGGGCGGGGGUAUUGGGACGUACGCUCUCUCCUCCUCUGGUCCCACCAAGAUUGGGAAGCUGCGCGGUCCCGAACGCGGAUCGGCGGCCUAUGCCGUCGUCCCGGGACACCAGGUCUUGUCGGCUUGGUAUGAUGGUGCUGCGCGAUUGCAUGAUCCCCGAGCAGGGGCGGUUCCAGUACUGGAGCUCUCGGAUCCGUGGUCCGAUGUUGCGUUGUAUUCCGCCGCCUUUGUCGGCGAAUAUGGCGUCGCCGGGGGCGGCGCACAGCACGGUACUGUUAGUGUAUGGGAUGUGCGUAAUCCUGGGGGUGGGUGGAGUGUGUUCUCCCCCGCUGGACGGGGGAGUCCGGUAUACGCGCUUGCCGGGGACGGCGGGCGCGUGUGGGGCGUCACAGAGCGGCGGGCGUUUGUAUUGGCGUUCGAUGGGAGCGGGGACGUUGAGGGCGGUAUCGUUACCCACGAUGGUCGGGGUGCCCGGCCGGGGACGAAGGACGUGCCAACCGGAUAUGGGCGGCGGGGAGGGAAGUUCAAGUGGACGGUACAUUAUGGUGACCACGCUGCACGCGAGGUCAGUAUGGGGUACCGCCAUGGUGAUCGAGGCAUGUCCUUGUUCGAGACAGAGGUCCCGGCUUAG